CCCAGGAAGUCACCCGGGAACAAGAGGCCCCAUGUGGGGGGGGGUCAGGGCUAGAGCCGGAGCAAACCCUGCGAGGGAGCAGGCGACGCGGAGCAGGUGCUUCCCGGAUCCCAGCGCUGCCCCCCCCCCCCGCGAUGGCGUCUCCCCGGAUCCUCAGCACCGUCCUGGCCCUGCUCAGCCUCCUGCUGCUCCUGGCCGCCCUGGGCUCCGACCACUGGCUGGUGGCCAGCAGCCCCCUCGGGUCCCUCCAUGAGGGGCUGUGGAAGACCUGCCUCAAUUCAGUGUGUGAGCAAAUUUCUUCUGCAUCAGUCUCGUUAAAGGUCACCAGGGCUUUCACCCUGCUGGGCGCGAUCGCUGGGUGUCUCUCCUCCGUCGCGCUCCUCGCCUCGUUCCUGCGCUCCCACCUCGGCUCCUUAGCUCUGACCCUGCUCUCCUUCCUGGGCAGCUUCAGCGCAGGGCUCUGUGCCAUGAUCGCGCUGCUCGUGUACACAGGGGAGUUCGCUGGGGACGUGAUUGUCCCAUCACACCAAGUCACCUUCGGCUGGUCCUUCGGCCUCGGCUGGGCCUCCUUCCCCGUCUUCCUCAUCACUGGUGUGGUGACGAUGGUCGCCCACCAAUCCUCCUAGAGCCGUGUGGGGCCUGUGCUGGCCCCGGGGCUGGGGCCGGGAGCCGUGCGGGCCGGACGGAGCCUGCAGCAUCCUGGGACCGAACAGGGGGCAGAGAGUGUGUGUGUCCAUCUGGCCGUCCCUGCUGGACCCCCCAGCAAUGAGCCCCAACCCUCCCCACCCCCUUGUUCCAUGGAGAUUAGAGAU